AUGUUAAGUUAUUACCCACACUAGUUUAAUUUGUGACUUGUGACAAUGUCGACUGCCUCUGCUUUCGCUGUUAACGCUCCUUCUUUCCUCAAUGCUUCUUCACUGAAGAAGUCUCCUUCAGUCAGACCAGCGUCGUUUUCUGCAAAGUUUACAUGCAAUUCAUCAUCCUCGUCCUCGUCUGCCACUCCUCCAAGUCUCAUCCGUAAUGAGCCUGUUUUUGCUGCUCCUGCUCCUCUUAUCACGCCUACAUGGACAGAAGACAAUGAAUCAUACCAAGAAGCGAUCGAUGCACUCAAGAAGCUUCUCAUUGAAAGGGGCGAGUUAGAACCAGUGGCUGCUGCAAGAGUUGACCAAAUCACAGCUCAGGCUGCAGCACCUGACGCCACAGUUGCAUUUGACCCUGUAGAGAGGAUCAAAUCCGGCUUUGUCAAGUUCAAGACAGAGAAAUACAUAACAAAUCCAGCAUUGUAUGAUGAACUUUCCAAAGGCCAGAGCCCAAAGUUCAUGGUCUUUGCAUGCUCAGACUCGAGGGUUUGCCCAUCACACGUGCUUGAUUUUCAACCUGGUGAGGCAUUUGUUGUGCGUAAUGUUGCCAACAUGGUUCCUCCCUUUGACAAGACUAAAUAUGCUGGAGUAGGAGCUGCUGUUGAGUAUGCAGUUUUGCAUCUAAAGGUACAGGAAAUUAUUGUAAUUGGACACAGCCGGUGUGGAGGGAUAAAGGGACUCAUGACCUUCCCAGAUGAAGGACCUCACGUAACUGACUUUAUCGAGAGUUGGGUAAAAGUAUGUUCCCCAGCAAAGUCGAAAGUUUUAGCAGAACACGGCUCUACAGGUCUUGAUGAUCAAUGUGUACAAUGUGAAAAGGAAGCUGUUAAUGUAUCACUUGGGAACCUGUUGACUUACCCAUUUGUAAGAGACGGAUUGGUGAAGAAAACACUAGCACUCAAGGGUGGACACUAUGAUUUUGUUAACGGAACCUUCGAGCUAUGGGGACUUGACUUUGGCCUUUCGACUCCUACUUCUGUAAAAGAUGUUGCCACUAUACUGCACUGGAAGCUCUUCUAAGAGGGUGGGAUGUUUGUUACUGUUAUCCCUACAAAGAUGAAGCUUAUGAGCCGGUUAUGUCGUAGAAUUCCAUUUUCUUCACACAAAUCAUAACCGUGUAGACAUGAUCAUAAUAUUAAAUAACAUUUUUUUGGGUUAGUAA